AUGCAGUUACGAGACAAAAACAAUGACCUGGCCGAGAUCAUCAAUCGCCACCGACCAGAUCUAAAGCCAUUCGAAGAUGUUUAUCGCCACCUACACACCAAUCCCGAACUAUCCGGCCAAGAAGAACAAACAGCAAAGAUAGCAUCCGACCACCUCAAAGCCGCCGGUUUCGAAGUCCACACCAAAAUCGGCGGCCAUGGCGUAGCAGGAAUUCUCCGAAACGGAACAGGCCCAAUAAUCCUCCUACGGGCGGAUAUGGACGCCUUACCUGUGGAAGAACAAACAGGCCUAUCAUACGCAAGCACCCGCCACGUCAAAGACGAGACCGGAGCCCACAAGCCCGUAAUGCACGCCUGCGGACACGACUCCCACGUCGCAACGCUAAUGGCCGCCGCGACGCUCCUACAAUCCGCGCGCGAUAACUGGUCUGGGACAUUAAUCUGUAUCUUCCAGCCCGCCGAGGAACACCUCGACGGCGCACAGGCAAUGCUGGAUGACGGGUUAUACGACAAGAUCCCUAAGCCGGACCUUGUGCUCGCGCAGCAUGUAAUGCGCAUGCGCGCGGGGACGGUCAAUCUCCGCGCUGGACCGUUGCUUACGGCGGCUGAUGCCUUUGAAGUGCGUGUGUUUGGGCGUGGAGGUCAUGGGUCUGCGCCACAUACGACUAUCGAUCCGAUUGUCCUCGGGGCGGCGAUUGUUAUGCGAUUGCAGACUAUCGUCUCGCGAGAGGUCACGCCGGGCAAGUUGGCUGUCGUUACCUGUGGUAGUAUUCAUUCUGGACAGUCGGCGAAUACCAUCCCGGCGUAUCUGGAUUUGCAGUUGAAUGUGCGGACUUAUGAUGAGGAGGUGCGGAAGCGUGUGUGUGCUUCUAUUCAUCGCAUUAUUGAAGGGGAGUGUAUGGCUGCUGGGGUUGAGAAGAAGCCUGAAAUUAAGCUUACUUAUUCAACACCGUCGACGAUUAAUGAUGGGAAGACUAUUGAUGCUCUUCGUGAGACUUUCCAACCGUACUUUGGUGAUCGGCUUGUUGAUAUGGAGCCCCCGACUGCUAGUGAGGACUUUUCUUUGUUAGCGACUGCUGUGGGUGCGCCUUAUGUUAUGUGGAUGUUUGGUGGGACUGAUCCUGAGACUUGGGAUGAUGCUGUUGCUAAGGGAGCUGUUGAUGAACUGCCCAGUAACCAUUCGCCGUUCUAUGCGCCGGUUAUCCAGCCCACAUUGUGUACGGGUGUGGAUGCCAUGGCACUUGGGGCUUUGACUUUCUUGAAGAAAAAGUGA